CAGGCCUGUGUCUCUUUACAGCAACUGAGUGACAGAAACAUGGCUACGGACUGGCUGGGGAGCAUCGUGUCGAUUAACUGUGGAGAGAGCCUGGGAGUGUACCAAGGGCGGGUGUCUGCUGUGGAUCAGGUCAGCCAGACCAUCUCCCUGACACAGCCCUUCCACAAUGGGGUCAAAUGUCUCGUGCCAGAAGUCACCUUCAGGGCGGGUGACAUUACUGAGCUGAAAAUCCUGGAGAUCCCAGGGCCAGGUGACAGCAUACAAUGUGGGGAUCUGCAGCAGGCUGAAAUGGGCAUCCCUGGUGUCGGGUGCCAAGUGGGUCCCAGUCAGAACGGCACUGGGAAGAUGUUAAAGAAGCCCAUGUCCAGCAGCGCCCCACAGAAUAUCCCAAGGAGGACGGACAUGAAGAACCAGGAUAUUAUCAUCUCUCCACAGCAGCAGUGCUCCAAGAGCUACAUGGAUCGACACGUGGAGACGUUGACUCAGUCCAAAGGCUUCCGGCGCAGGCACAAUUCCUGGUCAUCCAGUAGCCGUCACCCGAACCAAGUGACUCCGAAGAAGAGCGGCCUGAAAAACGGGCAGAUGAAGAGCAAAGAUGAUGAGUGCUUUGGGGACGACAUCGAUGAAAUCCCAGACACAGAUUUUGAUUUCGAAGGGAACCUUGCCCUUUUUGACAAGGCAGCUGUGUUCGAGGAGAUUGAGACCUAUGAGAGGAGGAGCGGCACGCGCUCCCGGGGCACCCCAAACGAGAAGCCGGCGCGCUAUCGGCACGACGAGAACAUCCUGGAGUCGGAGCCCAUCGUCUACAGACGGAUUGUCGUACCCCAGAACGCUAACAAAGAAUUCUGCACGGACUCCGGGCUGGUGGUUCCAAGCGUGUCUUACGAGCUUCACAAAAAGCUGCUCUCGGUCGCCGAGAAGCACGGGCUGACUCUGGAGCGGAGGCUGGAGAUGACAGGGGUGUGUGCCAGUCAGAUGGCCCUCAGCCUCCUCGGGGGACCCAACAGGCUGAACCCGAAAAACGUGCAUCAGCGGCCCACGGUAGCCCUGCUGUGCGGCCCCCACGUGAAGGGGGCCCAGGGGAUCAGCUGCGGCCGGCACCUCUCCAACCACGACGUCCAUGUCAUCCUUUUCCUACCCAACUUCGUCAAGAUGCUGGAAUCCGUCACCAACGAGCUGAACCUCUUCAGUAAGACGCAGGGGCAGCAGGUGUCCAGCGUCAAAGAUCUCCCCGACACCCCUGUUGACCUAGUGAUCAACUGCCUGGAUUGUCACGAAAAUGCCUUUUUGAGAGAUCAGCCUUGGUACAAAGCAGUUGUGGACUGGGCCAACCAGAACCGUGCACCCGUCCUCAGCAUAGACCCCCCAAUAAACGAAAUGGAGCAGGGCAUCGACGCCAAGUGGUCGUUGGCCUUGGGCCUGCCCCUGCCCCUGGGCGAGAGGGCAGGGCGCCUGUACCUCUGUGACAUUGGUAUUCCCCAGAAGGUCUUUCAGGAAGUGGGAAUCAACUACCACUCACCCUUUGGUUGCAAAUUUGUCAUCCCCCUGCACUCCACUUAAGAGUCCAGCCAGCCGCAGGGUUCUGAAGAGAAAAGAGAGGAAGAGGAGGAAGUCUGUCAAUAAGCUGUCCAGUGGAUCCUGACUAGUAAACUCGUGACGCCUUAAGGAUGUGAAAUUCUGGAGUUUUCCUUCCAGAAGAAA